UUUAUGUUUAAGUAUUAAGAUUCUUGAAUCGAUUGGUUACACAUGAUUGCGAGGGAAAAUGUCAAGCACUGGACCACAUUUAAGUAUUGAUCAUUGGUUGGACAAGCUAGAUUUAACAAUUUACAGAAGUCUUUUGAAAGAUUACAAUGGAGUUGAGGAUAUUUUGUGGAUGUCCGAAAGAGAUCUGAAGAAUAUUGGAAUUAAAAAUGGAAGUCACAGAGCAAGACUGAGUACAUCUCUAAAAAUUCUGAAAGAUAAAUAUGACAGAACAUCUAGGGAAUUUUCACCUUCUGAAAGGUAUAACCUAAGCACUGAUAAAGCAAACAGAUCAUUUAAUAGCAUUUCACCCAUCAACCAAAUGACAUUUGAGAAGCCUCACUCAGGUGUACGGAGUUGGCCUUGUAGCGGACCAUCAAGUUCACAAAGCACAAAACAUUCUAGUCCUAGAUCAAGUAUGGAAAGCUUUGUAGGCACAGAAGCAACUGCUGAUGAAUUGAAAAAAGCAUUAGAAAAAGAACUAAGUUUAGAUAGUUCUGACCUAAGGAGUUAUGCAUGGUAUCAUGGAACUAUAUUACGACAAAGAGCUGAAGAAUUAGUAGUUCAGAAUGGAGAUUUUAUUGUAAGAGACUGCAUUUCACAACCUGGAGAUUUUGUGAUUACUUGCAAAUGGCAAAAUGUUCCUCUUCAUUUCAUAAUUAAAAAGGUCAUUUUACAACCUGAUACUUUGUAUGAGAGAAUACAGUAUUGUUUUGAAAAUGACAGUUUUGAUAGCAUUCCUGAUUUUGUUACAUACUAUGUAGGCAGCAAAUGUCCCUUAUCUGCUAGCUCUGGUGCUAUUAUCAGUCGACCUAUUAAUCGUACCAUGCCUUUGUCGUAUUAUGCAUCACGUUAUGGAAUUCAGUGUCAGAUGCAUUAUGCAGCUAAAGCAUUAGAGAAAAUUCCUACAUCACCCUUAAGCUGUGAUAAUAAUUUUGUCAGUCAAUCAGUGCAUGCUGCAGACAUAGAAAAUCCGAAAUCCAUACCAAAUAUAGAGAAGGAAAGCAGUGACAGCACAAGUGAAAACAAAACAAAAAACACAAAUUUAAAUCCAUGGCCAGCUUUAACAAGAGUAGGAAGUGAUCCUAUGCUCAGUCCAAAUACAGAAAGACGAAGAUUUGAACACAGACCAAAUUCAGGAACAUUCAGUUCUGAUAUAGUGAAGGCAAUUUCUUUAAAAGUGGAAGAUAAACCACCUCCUAAACCAAGUCGAGUUCCAUCUAGAAAAUGUGUUCAGCGACCUAUGGUUCUGAAACGGCGACAGCAGUCUGUUGAUGAGACUGAUGAAAGUUCUCAAAGUCCUAUUCCUAUCCCCAGUGUUUCAUUAUCACAUGCUUAUUUACGACAAACAUCAGAAACUCGUUUUUCAUUUUUGGAUCGGCCAAGCAUUUCAGAUGAUGGUUCAGUGCCCGAUAUGGAAAUAACAGAGAAUUCUUUUACGAUACCCAUACUUCAUCCGCCAUCUAUCUUUGAGCCUCAGACUUUCAGAACACCUUUACUCACAUCUGAAAAUACACCUCUAGAAGGCACAGUAUUGUCCAGAAUAAGAGAAGCAUUGCUUUCCAAUGCAUCUAAAAUUUCGGCAUUUCAUUUGACAAGAGUGGAUCUUGAAAUAGCGAGAAAUUUUCAAGAAUUAGACUUGGGCCUUGGUGUAACAAAUGGACUGGAACUACUUUUGCUUCCACAAGGUGAACAGUUGCAGAAAGAUUUAUUAGAAAGAACUGAAAGCAUGAAGAUAUUUGUGGCAGUCACCAUUUUAACCACACCUGGAAUUGAAGACAGAGUGAAGAUUUUGAACAAAUGGAUUGAAAUAGCCAUUGAAACAAAAACUACACUAGGAAAUUUUUAUGGCUUUGCAUCAGUGAUGCUGGGUCUCACAAUACCAGAGGUGACUGGAUUACAGUCAACAUGGUUGGCCUUAAGGCACUCUUAUACAGAAUCAGCAUUUGCUUUUGAGACUAAGAUGAAACCUGCUUUCAAGUCUCUACAAAAUGCAUCAGAUCUUGGAGCUCCCAAUAUUUGUUUUCCAUAUAUAUUAUCUUUAAUUUUGAUUCUUCAGCAACAUUCAUCUAUUAUGAGCAUCAUAGAAAAUCAACCAUUUGAUUAUACUGAUAAUAUUAAUAAUAUUAUUCUAAAUUUUAGCAUACCUGGUAGUUAUGGUUCAGAUGAUUUUGGACUUCAGCUUCUUGCGGACCAUUUAGCACUUGGUCGCAAUAUUAUUCAGCAAAUUCCAGGUUUUAUAAAAAAUGGACAGUUAUCACUUAGAAGUGUAAAAUAUGAUGAUAUAUUAUUGGAUAUGUUUAGUACAGAAUUUCAUUUACGAAUGCUUUGGGGCUAUAGAGGUUCAGUUGUGCAUUCAGAAGAAAGGCAUCAAAAGUUUCAGAAAGUUUUGCAGUUGCUUCAUAAUAAAUGUAAUGAAGUUUAAUUUAUAAUGAAAGUGAUGUUUUAAUUUCAUGUGGAGCAAGAUGCAUAUUAAAAAAAGAAUUGGUGAUUCUUAAAUAUAUCCAUUUUUUCCCCUUAUUAACAAAGUUGCUUGUUCAGUCCUUACUUUAGCAACACAGUUGCCUCUUCAGUCCUUACCUUAGAAACAAAGUUGCCUCUCAAAAGUUUUCAUCAUGUAUUUACCAUACAUAUGCAUAUCCAAAUGUAAAAACAUCAUUUGAGCUUAUAAAAAAAUCCUACCAUUUUAAACAGAUUAUUUUUUUAUCUUAAGCUUUUAUGAAUUGCAUGGUAUUUUGCAUUGAUGCUGUGCUUGAUAAUUUUUAUGAGAAUUUCUUUACCUUCUGUUUUUAUCACUUAAAGAAAUUCUGUGGUAUCGGAUGAAUUUGAGUUAAAUAUUGAAUCUCGCAGAUAACAUCUGUCCGUGAUUUCAAAAAGAAGUGAAUCUAUAAUAUCAUAAUAUACUGUAUUAUGUAAGAAUCUUACAUAUAUCAGUUUUUGCUAAUGGUUUAAAAAUAUAAACAUAAUUUAUAAGAAGAUCAGUUUUCUUUAAUACUUUUUAACCAUUUGACUAAGCGCUGCGUAGCAGUUUUCAUUUGCCUCGAAAACCAUGACACAGUUAGUUAUUUUAGAAUGCACUCAUUUUACAAAGUACGUGUGAGGUCAGACUACGUACGUUCACACCCACGGAGCAACAAAGACACACUGAAACUCGCAGCGCUUUUUCGCUGCAUCGCGGUUUUCGAGACAAAUGAACGCAGCGCUUUUUUUUGUGCCACAUAGCAGUCAAAUGGUUAAACUGAUUAAAAUAUAUACCAUAUUUCUUUAUUUUUCUCCUUCUAGCCUUUUAGCACCAGUUUCUGAAAAAUUUAAAAUUAUUCAUGUAAUUUUCCCCUGUAUCAAUACACUCACGAAAUAAGCUUCCCUAAAUUUUAAAUGGUUUUAUCAUGUAGUAAUUAUUUUCAUUAUAUUAAGAGACAAAACCUUGCAAGCUACCUGCAAAGGUGAUGCUGAACCUUCCCCUUCUAACUGUUGAACCUCAUGAAGCCUGUUACAAGAACCUACAAAUCACAAAGAAGUAAACACAAACUGACAUUCAGUCUAUGACUUCACACAGUCAGCUGCACAUUCACCUUAUUUAAUUAUUUAUGAAUUAUUUGAGGCAGAGACAACAUGAAUGGGCAGGUUUCAAAUUACAAGGUAGUAAAAAAUGGAGAUAUCUUAUUAGAUAUUGUAAUAUUACUAUGUAUUCGUAUUGCAAUGUAGCUUUUACUUAACCUUUUGAUGGUCAUUAACGAGCUCAGAUUGCAUCUCAGUUAUGCACUGCAGCGGACAAAAAUGAACACAGCUCGCAUUGUAAAUUUAUGACUGAGCUUAUUUGGAAAGAAAGAAUUGCUCUAUCUCACAACCACCAGAGGGUAAAAGAAAUAUUGCGAUACUUACCUGUAGUUUAUCCAUGACUACUUUCGAUUUGUUAUGUUCUGACUGUAACCAUGUCCUUUGGAAAUUAAAUAAUUCACAUAGCUUUUCCACUCUUAAUUUUCAGAUGACAAAAUCAAUAAGAAAGGAGGGGGAAGUGUGCAAGGAAAUAUGGUAUUAAUUAUGUUUAUUUUUUCUUACAUUGAUUUGUGCAUGUGCUUUAAAAAACAUAAAAAAUUAUACAAGUUUUAUGCUAAAAAUAAUUGAAGGACUUGCAGCAAGAAGGGCCCAGCUCCACAUUUUUUAAUUUUUGGAAAAUUAAAAGAAACAUUUCAAAAAUUUAUUUUUUAACUUAUUUUCGUUUGCCCUCUAGUAGUAAAAGUGCUAGUAAAAAUGGUAUUUUACGGCUACACCAGCAACCUUUUACUCCAAUCCAAAAAGCAGCAGUUUUUUUUUUUUAACAAAAAUGAUUCAUGAACACAAAAUCUAUCAAAGCAGAGCUGGGGCCUUUUUGCUACAAGCUCUUCAAUUGUUUUUGCUACAAGCUCUUCAAUUGUUAUAAAAGUUUGUUAUUUAUUCUCAGGGGAAAAAGUGAAAUUUUGCACAUUUAAUAUUUUUUUGAAUGGAUAAUCUAUAAAUUAUUCAUAGGUCAUGGUUAUUUUGUUUAAAACUCUGAGUGGUAUAAAUUUUUGGCUUUGCUGAUGGAGCAUUUCGUUGAAGCAAUAUUUAUUUAUUUGUAUUCAUAUAAUUAAUUUUUUUGUUUUCAUUAAAGAUAUUCAAGUCAUUACGAAAUGUUUGAAAACUUAUUUUAAAUAAGGUCAUGUAUAACAAUAAAAAAAAUCUCAUCGCAUGAUAAAGUGGUUCAUGCCACUCAGAGGGGGUUAAACAGUCAUUAAUUAGCUCAUGAUUAAUAUAAAAUCCUUUUAUACAAAAAUAAUAUUCUUUUCAGAUGCUUAACUUCUGUAUUUUUGUAACUUAAUUAUUUGUAAAUUAUUUUGAAAGUGUAUAUAAGCUGGAUUAAACUUCAGUAGUAAAAAAUUUGAUAAAAAUACUUAGGUUAUGCACAGGAAUGCUCAGUAUUUAUUAGCUUUUACUUUUACGAUGGUUUUCAGUCAGUUUGAAGUUGAACUGUUUUUCAGUUUCAACCAUAUGUUUUUAAGAGACGGUGAACAUACAAAAUCUGCUAUUGCCCUAUAUUGAUCUAAAAUAAAAUGGGAGGGGGGAGGAGAUUUGAUUUGCUCCAAGUUUUCAAGCAAUGUUCAUAAAACUAAAUUAGGCUUUUAAAUUUAGUUUUAUUCAUGACCAAGGAAGGAGGAAAAAAUAAGUAAAUAUUUGUUUAAUCCAUUUGAAUGAUUACCUCAAAGAUCGGAUGCGUCCAUUAAAAUCAUGUUGUUUCAACUUGUCUCACACAAAAUUAUACCUUAUUCUAUGCAUUUUAGAGCACUAUAUAAUAUAUAUAUAUAUAACUAUACCAUAUGUUUUAUAAUAGCCCUGGGAUACCAUAUAUUAAAAUGUACUGGAUACCAUAAACUUCACUAAAAAUUCUAUAAAUUUCAGUAAUAAAUAUUAUUUAGUGCUAAUUGGAAAAAUUAAACAUUAGUUUCUUCCUCUUUCAUUAUGUGAUAAUGAUCUCUUAAAUAUAUGAAUAUACGACAGAUCACUUCAUUUCAAAAGCUUUAAUUUCUUUGUUCUUUAAUAGUUUUUCUAAAUUUUUUAAACAAAAUAAGUACUACCGUAUUUGAUGGCAUAUAAGAUGCACCCUUAUUUAGAAGGCCACACACAUGUAGAUGUAGAUAAAGUUAUGUGUGUCUAGACCUUUAUCCGGGCUAAAAAUAGCAUUUCAGUAUUGAAAGUUAACCUGUGUCCUUCACGUACAAGACGCAGGUAACUUUUUUAGACCAGAUUCAGGGAAAAAAGUGCGUCCUAUAUGCCGUCAAAUACGGUAAUUAAUCAUAAAUCUAAAUUUUGCAUUAUUUCUAAUUUACAGAUCUUAGAUUUAUCAAUUUUCUUCAGUAUACCUUUCAUAAGUGAUCAGAAUAAAUACUUUUUUAUAAUGCAUCAUAUGAAGAAAAAUAAUCUUAGUGAUUCAUUUGCUGUAGUGUUAGUUUUUAAAUCAUACUUUUGAGAACUGGUAAUUUAAAAGUUCUAUGUGUCUGUGUUUUUCUGUUGAUUUUUAUAUAGAAAUUUUGUCAUUUCAUUACAUCCUAGAAUAAUUUUGUUUAUUAUAAUGAAUGAGUUAUUUUAUUUAAGAAAAAUUUAUUAGUGCUAAAUAUUUAAAAUAUGAACUAGUCAAUAUAUAUAUAUUUUGAUCAUUGACAUGUUAAUAUUUAGCACUUGAAAGUGUAUAAAUCUAUUCAUGUAUAUAUAAAAUCAAUUAUAUCACUGCAAGAUAUUUCUUGUGCUUAUAUUGCGAUAUGCUUAGGAAAUGAUUUUUUUAUGGCUGAAAUUUAAAAAUUUUAAGAAAAUUUGUAACUGAAAGUAUCUUUUACUCAUGUAAUUAUAUCAAGUCAUUUAAAAUGUUCUAUCAUAUUUAAAUAAGUUUAUUAUAUAGAUAUAUAUUUUACUGAUCAAAACAGUACUAUAUUACUGAACCAUCUAGUUCUUGGGGGCAAAAUUGUCCUGCAGUUCUCUUGAAAAUCAGGUGAUUAAACUGUUUGUUGUUCAUGUAAUGAAUGAAGUAAAUGAAUCUAAUGAAGUAAAAUAUAUAUAUAUAUAUAUAUUCGAAAUGGUUAAGAUUUUAAUGUUCCCCCUUUUUUUAACAUUUAAGUUUUAUAUACUUUCACUAACACAGUUGAUCAGUCUGUUUUGUACUUCACAUCUGUUGACUAUUCUUUGUUACUAUACUCAGAUAGAAUAGAAAAAAAUUUUCUUGGUUGGUUCAAGAGCUAUGAAACUUCUGAUCAUGUGAUAGUCUGAAAGGCAUUUCAAGUAAAAUCUGGCAGCCCUGACAGUAUGAUUGAUUCAGAAUACAGUUUCCCUCUAGGGUUAACUGAUAUUAUGACAUCUGUUUAUUUGAAAAGUGAUACAGACAUCAGUAGUGAUUUGAUGAAAAAAGGUCAGGUUACAAGACUUAGCCUUAUCAAACUGCAUAGAAUUGGAAACUCUUUCAAUCAGCAGUGUUGUGCAAUAGCAUAUUUAGAAAUAUUUUUCAGAUUAUGAGUUUCAUGCUCUUUAGUGUGAAAUUUCAAGGCUUACUUUCAGAUUUACCAAUUAAAGAAGUAAAUAAUAUUUGAAUUUAAAGCUAUAAUGCUAAUAGUCUCUUCUUACUAAUUUUUGAUUUCUUUAUUAGCUAGUUCAUUGAUAUGCUUUUUUUAUCACAUUACUAGAUACUGCAGUGUAUUACUGUUUCAUCAAUAGUGAGCGAUCAGUUUUAGCAUUUUGCAUGAAAGUAAUUAUUACUAAUUUUGCUUUUCACUAAGCAUUUAAAUAGUUAUUUCUUUAUAUAUUGGACAAAAGCUAGUCUCAUUUAGUCUUGUCAGUUUGUCAAUAUCAGUGACAAUUGGUUGUUUAAAUCUCAGCUGAUCUUCAAAUAACUCUACUUCCUUUAUAAAACUUUGUUAAUAAGAUAUGCUUUUCUAGUUCAUUGUGCAGUGAUUAUACACUUACCACACAUUCAAACUCACUGAAUUAUUUUAAAUCCUCUUUUAGAAGUAAUACCUCUAAUCUCAAAUUAUAAUAUUAAAUUAAAGCUUUUCAAGUUUUUACUUAAAUUUGAAUCACUGAAUGUGUAAUCAACUGAUAAUUAAUGGCAUAUGGAAAUACAGUACCUCUUAAAUGACUUGAUAAAACGUUGUCUUUCAUGAGCUUCAGAGUUUUAUUAUAUUUUUAUAAAAUAAAACUUUUCAGUGCUUUUCAAA